AUGGAGACUCUUGACUUCGUCGUCAUUGGAGCCGGAUGGUACGGUCUGGCGGCGGCCAAGACUCACCGCCAGCUCCAUCCCCAAGACACAUUGGCAGUCUUCGAGCAAGCCUCGACCGCCGGCGGAGUAUGGGCCGAGCACCGCCUCUAUCCGGGGCUGAAGAGCAACAACAUGCUCGGAACCUACGAGUAUCCCGACUUCCCCAUGGACCCCGAGACCUUUGGCAUCUUGCCCGGGGACCACAUUCCCGGCCGGGUUCUGCAUGACUACCUGACCAAGUACGCCGAGACUUUUGGCAUAGCUGACAAGAUUCGCUUUCAACACAAGCUUCUCUCGGCAGAACAUCAAGAGAACGGCGGCUGGAUUCUGACGGCUGUCGACGGCAGAGAUGGCGGUGAGGUCCAGGUCCUCGCGAAGAAGCUGGUCAUUGCGACUGGCCUCACUUCAGAAGCCUUCCUGCCCGACUUCAAAGGCCAAGAGACGUUCGGUGCCCCCAUUUUCCACGGCAAGGACUUUCUCCAGCAUGCAGACACCCUCGAAUCAGCCAAAUCUGUGACGGUUUUCGGCGGUACCAAAUCAGCGUGGGAUCUCGUCUAUGCCUACGCGAUCAAGGGCAUCAAGGUGAACUGGGUGAUCAGGGAAUCCGGGCAUGGUCCCGUGUGGAUGGCUCCCCCAUAUGUCACACCCUUGAAAAAGUGGCUCGAGAAGCUCGUCCACACCCGCGCCCUCACAUGGUUCAGUCCCUGUUCCUGGGGCGAUGCCGACGGAUACGUCAAGACGAGGAACUUCUACCACGGUACAGCAAUUGGACGCGGUAUCACAAACAACUUUUGGAGCGUCCUCGGCAAUGACGUUAUCACCCUGAACAAGUUGGACUCGGACCCGGAGCUGAAGAAGCUGAAGCCGUGGAGUGAGGCCAUGUUCACGGCAUCCAGCUUCUCUAUCUUGAAUUACGAGACGGACUUCUUUGACCUCAUCCGCAAUGGAACAGUCAAAGUCCACAUUGCUGACCUUGUUCGACUGUCGCCGAGCACCGUGCACCUCUCUGACGGAUCCUCUCUGGAAUCAGACGCCCUCUGUUGCGCAACCGGGUGGAAGCAGUUCCAGCCCAUCAAAUUCCUACCCGAGGGCAUCGAUAAGGAAAUCGGUCUCCCGCACACUCCUUCUGCGGAGAGUUUCCCGCCCGCCGAGAUGGUCGAGACUAUCGACAAGGAGAUUUUUGAAAGAUGGCCGCGACUCAAGGACCAGCCUGUGCAGAACAAGAAGAUGAAGCCGCUGGUCGAAGACGAAGGUAUCUCGACAAAAGAGGCCGUCAACCCCUAUACGCCCCUCACGCCUUACGUGCUCCACCGUUUCAUGGUGCCGUCGUCGGCUAAGCUGCUGGCGCACCGCGACAUUGCGUUUGCGGGCGUGCUGAUGAAUUUCACCGUGGCCAUGAUCUCCCACGUGCAAUCGCUCUGGAUCGAUGCCUAUUUUCACGAUCAAAUCCCCUCGGUGACCGAGGCCACGAACGAUCUCGAGACGAUGCAGAAGCUGCGGUACGAGACUGCGUUUCACAGUCGGUUCUGCAAGUGGAGGUACCCUGCCGGGCACGGAGACAAGUUCCCAGACUUUGUCUUUGAUGCUGUGCCGUACAUCGAUCAGCUAGUAGGUGAUCUAGGGUUGAAGGUGUACAGGAAAAAUGGAAUGAUUGCUGAAGCGUCUGAACCAUACGGUCCAGAGGAUUACAAGAACCUCGUUAGCGAAUGGACAGAGAAGCAGGCCGAAGGGGAAUGA